CUAAAUGCUUCCCCCCAGAAACACGGACUCUUUCACGGAUAGAAACCGCUGUUCAGUGUGCGAAGCCAGCAGUCCAUACAACAAUGGCUGUAGGCUGUGGUAUAGGUGAAGACUCAAGGGCACAGCCAGGAACAGGGAGCACUGCAACACCCCACUAAUGGGACCAUGCACACACCCAAUGAAGAAAAAAAAGAGCCCUACUUUAAUCAAGGCCAGCUAAAUAAGGUAUUCUUCAGCAGAAGUACGGAAAAAUGUCACACUUCAUAGCACUGGGAUUUUACAUCAACGAAGCCUCAGUACACCCACCCCAUCUUCUCUCCAGCUACCUCCAUUUUAUGACGCCGUGGAUCCUGUAGAUUUUGAAAACUACCUAAUGACCUAUAUUAACAACCACAAUCAUGAGCGCCUUCAAGAACUUGGGGAAUUUCCUGAAGAUGAUCUGGACCUGGUAUAUAAACCCAAAGACUGUAGAACACUUCAGCCUCCUCUACCUGAAGAUGGGGCUGAGCUGAAUCAACAUGUCAGAGACUGCAUUCAGAUAUAUCUACGAGACUGGUUGAUUGUGAACAGAAAGACACAAGAAAACUCAGGUACAAGUAACUUCAGUAGAAGUGGCUCUAGAAAGGACUUCCAAAAAACUCUACAAAAACAGAUAUUUGAGUCUGAUGAGUCAGAGUCCAGACAAAGUGAGCAGACUGAUGGAGGUCUUGUAAUGAAGUUAGCUGGUGAAUCUGAAAAAAAUACCAUUACUUCUUGUGAAUUUGACCUGCGGGGCUUAAAUCCAGAAAGUCGCCUAAAGAAUCUUCUCCAUCUUACAAACGUGGACAACGUAGAGAAGCAAACUGAGGAAGCUCGUAAAGCCAACAGACAUGCUGAGAUAUUUGCCCUCUGUCCACCAAUGGAUGAGGAGGAUAAUGUUGAAAUACGCCCUGUACCAGAAUGUCCAAAGGAGCAUAUGGGAUACAAGAUCAUGGUCAAGUUGCAUACGCUAAAAUUUGACAUUGAGAUUGAGCCACUGUUUGCAACUAUUGCACUUUAUGACUGUAAAGAAAGAAAAAAGAUUUCCGAAAAUUUUCAAUGUGACUUGAACUCUGAAGCAUUCAAACAAUAUCUACGGGCUCAUACACCCUGUGUGGCACCUUCAAGCCAAGCAAGAACUGCAGUGUUCUCCAUUACCUAUCCCUCCCCAGAUAUCUUCCUUGUUGUUAAGAUUGAAAAAGUACUUCAACAGGGAGAGAUUUCUGACUGUGCUGAGCCUUACAUGGUCUUAAAAGAUUCUGAUGGUGGAAAGACCAAAGAAAAAAUAGAAAAACUAAAGUCUCAAGCUGAAAACUUUUGUCAACGUUUAGGAAAAUAUCGUAUGCCAUUUGCCUGGAUACCGAUCAGCCUUCAAAGUUGUUUAAAUGUCAUGACUCUGGAAAGAGAAGCACCAGAAUCAGAAAAUGGGAAUGGUAAAACAGCAACUAGUGACAGGAGGGCCUCACUAGGGCAAGCAAGGAGAUUUUCUGAUAGAGGAUCAGUAGAUGAAGGCUCGCCGACACCAUUCAAACCAACAACAAUUACACAAACCACUUUCUUUAAGCAGGAAGGAGACAGAUUAAGUGAUGAAGAUUUAUUCAAGCAGUUAGUCGAUCAUAAAAGAUCUUUGCAGAAACGGGCAAAAUGUAUACCAGGUUUGCUGAAACUUGAGAUCUCUCCAGUAUAUGAGGGGCUGAGUGGGUGCCUUACCCCUGAGUUGCUUCCGGUAAAGCCAUUUCCUGAAGGUCGUGCCCGUCUAAGUAAGGAGAUACUUGAGUUUCCUGUAAAAGAAGUUUACGUUCCUCACACCUUCUACAGAAACAUUCUCUAUGUGUAUCCACAGAGGCUGAAUUUUGGGAAUCGACUUUUAUCUGCAAGAAAUAUCACAAUCAAAAUACAGUUUAUGUGUGGAGAAGAUGCUAAGAAUGCUUUGCCGGUUAUUUAUGGGAAGUCCAAUGGGCCAGAAUUCCUGGAAGAGGUGUGCACAGCUGUCACAUAUCACAACAAGGCCCCUGAUUUCUAUGACGAAGUUAAAAUUAAACUACCUGCAAAACUUACAGCAAAGCAUCAUCUCCUCUUUACAUUUUACCAUAUUAGCUGCCAGCAAAAACUUGGAAAUCCUGUAGAAACCGUUCUUGGAUAUUCUUGGUUGCCAAUCGUGAUGAAUGAUCGGCUUCAGACUGGGCAUUACUGCCUCCCUGUGGCGACUGAAAAAAUGCCUGCCAACUACUCCAUGCAUUCUCCAGAGAAAUUACCAGCACAGCCUACUCCUAUUAAAUGGGUUGAAGGUCACAAGGGGGUGUUCAACGUGGAAGUGCAGGCCGUGUCUUCAGUUCAUACUCAGGACAACCACUUGGAAAAAUUCUUUACUCUCUGCCAUGCACUGGAAGGCCCUGUGACUUUCCCGAUCAGGGUCUUGGAUCAAAAGAUCACAGAAAACUCCUUAGAACAUGAACUUAAACUUAGCAUAAUUCAAUUGUGUUCCUCACAACUAGAGCCCUUGGUGCUUUUCCUCCAUCUUGUUUUGGACAAACUUUUUCACCUUACUGUACAACCUAUGGUGAUUGGAGGGCAAACAGCUACCUUUUCCCAAUUUACAUUUGAAUCAGUGGUUUCCAUAGUGAGUAGCCUUCAUAACAGUAAAGACCUCAGCAAGGACCAGCAUGGAAGAAAUAGCUUAUUGGCAUCAUAUGUGUUUUACGUAUUCCGUCUUCCUGAUGUCCAGAAGGACAUGUAUAUAGCAGGUGGAAAUAUGGUCGAUAUACGUUACAAUACAGUUGGCCGCACCUCUGCUUCUACUGUAGGCUCUAAGCUGGUCCAGUCAAGGACAAUGAGCUCUAGUAAUCCAGAUAUUGCAGGGAUGCAGAGUGCAGAUGAAGAGGUCAGAAGUAUCAUGUCCUCCAAGGUUCCUGGUCGCAGCAGCAGCAACCGUAUGUCCUUUUUUAUUGAAUCUAGCAAUGACCUGCAGAACAUGGCCAUGGCCAGCACCAGGCUAUCUGGUAAAAAGCACUUUCAUGAAGAACUGGCUCUGCAAAUGGUGGUCAGCACCAACAUGGUGAGAGAAAAUGUCUUCAAAUAUGCCUGGUUCUUCUUUGAGUUAUUGGUAAAAAGCAUGGCUCAGUAUGUUCACAGUGUGGACAAGCAAGAAGUACCCAGAAGAAAUCGCUUCUCCAACCGUUUUAAAGAUGACAUAAACACCAUUGUUAAUGUGGUGACAUCUGAAAUAGGGGCGCUUCUUAGCAAACCAGCAAAGGAAGCUGAGCAUGCAGAGAAAAUGAACAUAAGCCUGGCGUUCUUCUUGUAUGAUCUACUUUCCCUGAUGGAUCGUGGCUUUGUUUUCAACCUCAUCAAGCAUUACUGCAAUCAGUUGUCCAGUAAGCUGAAUUCUCUACCAACUCUUAUCUCCAUGAGGCUAGAAUUUCUAAGGAUCCUCUGCAGUCAUGAACAUUAUCUUAACCUGAACCUCUUCUUUGUGGCAUCAUCAUCUACACCAGCUUCCCCAUGUCCUUCAAUUUCCUCUGAGAAUUCCAGUUCCUGUUCUAGCUUCCAAGAAAACAGGAUAGCAAGCAUGUUUGAAAUGUCUCAUCAGUUCCGCCAAAAACAUUUUUUAACUGGACUCCUCUUCACAGAGCUGGAUGCCGCACUGGACUCUGAAGUUGAAGGAAUCAGUAAAGUACAAAGAAAGGCCAUCAAUGCUAUACAUAGUCUUCUGAGUUCACAUGAUCUGGACCCCCGCUAUCAGAAAACAGAAAUAAAGAACAAAAUUGCUGCUCUGUAUUUACCUUUGGUCAGCACUAUUUUAGAUGCUGUUCCUCAGCUUCAUGAUUUUUCAGUUUUGGACUCAAAGACUGGAAAACCACGCAGUACAGAAGAGGAGCCAGAGACCCAAAUAAAUCCAAAUGUUGCCAUGGCAGUUGCAGGAAACCAGUUUGGUCUUAGGCCUUCUUCAGUGACUCUGUCUUCAGUGCCUCUAAGGAUGUACAACGCUCUGAGUACAGAAUCUACCCGGAAUCUGCUCACCUGCUUCCUUUGGAUCAUGAAAAACACAGAACAAGGUGUCAUCCAAAAGUGGCUGGCCUACCUCCCCACCCUGCAGCUAAACAGAAUACUUGAUUUACUCUAUAUGUGUGUCUCCUGCUUUGAAUAUAAGGGCAAACAGUCACCUGACAAAGUGAGCACAUUGGUGCUUCAGAAGUCCAGAGAUGUCAAGGCUCGCUUAGAAGAAGCUUUGUUACGUGGAGAAGGAGCCAGAGGAGAAAUGAUGAGGCGGUGGAAAACUGCUGGAAAUGACAGAUUUUCUGGACUUAAUGAAAACUUGAGGUGGAGGAAGGAGCAGACACAGUGGCGCCAAGCUAAUGAGCGACUAAAUAUGACCAAGGCAGAAAUUGAUCAAGAAGCCAUUAUGUGUGGGAACCUGGCAACCGAAGCCAACUUGAUCAUUCUGGAUGUGCUAGAAACUAUGAUACAGGUCAAUUUAUCAGUGGACUGCAAAGACAACCUUCUAGGAGGGAUCCUUAAAGUACUUGUGCACUCUCUUAGCACCAAUCAGAGCAACACCUAUUUGUGCCACUGCUUCUCUUCCAUCCGUUUGCUCAUUAUCAAGUUUGGAGACAUCCUGUUUGAAGAGGAAGUGGAGCAAUGCUCUGAUCUGUGCCAGAAGAUGUUACAUCAUUGUAGUAGUGCCCUGGAAAGCACAAGGAGCCAAGCCUGUGCAACCCUGUAUCUAAUAAUGAGAUACAGCUUCAGCAGUCUAAGUAAUUUUGCAAGAGUGAAAAUGCAGGUAACUAUGUCUUUGGCUUCACUGGUGGGGAAAUCCCAAGACUUUAAUGAAGAGUACCUGCGGAAGUCACUAAGGAGCAUACUGGCGUAUGCAGAAGAAGAUGAAGACAUGCAGUCUACCAUGUUUCCAAUGCAGGUGAAUGAACUCUUAAACAAUCUGAACAGUAUUCUGUCAGAUACAGUCAAAAUGAGAGCUUUCCAGAAAGACCCAGAGAUGUUAAUGGAUUUGAUGUACAGAAUUGCAAAGGGCUAUCAGACUUCCCCCGACCUGAGAUUGACCUGGCUACAGAAUAUGGCAGAGAAACACGUGAAGGUGAAAUGUUACACAGAAGCAGCCAUGUGUCUGGUACAUGCCGCAGCUCUUGUUGCAGAAUACUUGAGCUUGCUGGAAGACUGCAUGUAUCUGCCUGUCGGUAGUGUCAGCUUUCAAAACAUUUCCUCUAAUGUGAUAGAAGAAUCAGCAGUGUCUGAUGACAUCUUGACACCAGAUGAAGAUGGAGUGUGUUCUGGACGAUACUUCUCAGAGACAGGACUAGUUGGGCUUCUGGAACAAGCUGCAGAGCUCUUCAGUCAAGCAGGAUGCUAUGAGACUGUGAAUGAGGUCUACAAAAUUGUCAUCCCUGUACUUGAGGCUCAUCGAGACUUCCGAAAGCUCUCUUCCACCCAUGAGAAACUCAAGAAGGCAUAUGACCGAAUAAUAACCAAGGGGCAAAAGAGAAUGUUUGGCACAUACUUCCGUGUAGGAUUUUAUGGAGCAAAGUUUGGUGACCUAGAUGAACAGGAGUAUAUUUACAAAGAACCAGCGAUCACUAAACUCCCUGAGAUUUCGCACCGACUAGAGGGAUUUUACGGUAAUUGUUUUGGAGAGCAUAUGGUGGAAGUGAUUAAAGACUCAGCUCCCGUAGAUAAGUCAAAACUGGAUCCCAAUAAGGCCUACAUCCAGAUUACAUUUGUGGAGCCAUACUUUGAGGAGUAUGAAAUGAAGUACAGGAUGACUUAUUUUGAGAAGAACUACAAUCUACGCCGAUUUAUGUAUACCACCCCCUUUACUCGAGAUGGACGUCCUCGAGGAGAUCUUAGUGAACAGUACAAGAGGAAGACCAUUCUGACUACCUUGCAUGCUUUUCCUUACAUCAAGACCCGAAUAAAUGUCAUUCAGAAAGAACAGUUUAUAUUGACUCCUAUUGAAGUCGCCAUAGAGGACAUGCAGAAGAAAACACUUGAACUAGCUGUUGCCACCAGCCAGGAACCUCCAGAUGCAAAAAUGCUCCAAAUGGUGCUUCAAGGCUCUGUAGGGGCCACAGUAAACCAGGGGCCACUAGAGGUAGCUCAGGUUUUUCUGGCUGAGAUCCCUGCAGACCCUAAACUAUAUCGACAUCACAACAAGCUGAGACUGUGCUUCAAGGAAUUCAUUAUGCGGUGUGGAGAGGCAGUAGAGAAAAACAAAAGACUGAUAACUUUUGAGCAAAAGGAAUAUCAGCAAGAGCUGAAGAAGAAUUACAAUAGGUUAAAGGAGAAUCUCCGACCCAUGAUCGAGCGCAAGAUUCCUGACCUGUACAAACCAUUGGUAAAGCCUUCAAGUGAUGCAAGGGGAAUCCUCCAUAGAUCCAGCUUCAGAAAAUAUGACUCCCAGGUCUCUCAGAACAGCUGAUAAAUCUAUGUAGCGAGAGAAGACAUUGAUCAAAGAAGUUCUAGUCAAGCCAGUCACAGAAGACACAAAUCCUACCUGUGUGUUUUAGCUACUGAUAUAGCACAAAUAUACGUUUGGUCGGAGGAGACUGUAAUGCUGACGGCUGGUUUCUAUGUUCCAGUUUUUUCUUUAUGCAGACUGCAUUGUUCUGAUCACAGCAAGGCGAAAUUGCAUCACGAUAAAAAUGAAUCUAAAAGACAUGCAGAAAAUAUAUAUUUAUCAUCAUGCAAGCAAUGUAUAGAUAUCAAGGUGACCUUGUAUAACAGUCAAUGUUAUAAUGGACUUGUUCACACCUUGUGCCCAUCAAAACAGGCACAUGUUCACAAACCUCAUGAUUGGAUUACGAGUUGUACUAUAAUGGAUCUGGCACUUGCAACCCCUUUUUAUUUUUUCUUCCAGUGAUAGUUAAAAUACAUCAGCGUUGUAAGAACAUAACAAAGAAUGCAGGUAAAAAGUAUAGAAGAUAACAUGAGUGGCUGGCGCAGCUAAGACCACCACUAAUCUCUGGAUUCAUGGGGGAUGUGGUACUCUCAAUAGCCUAAAAAUGCAGAAAUCUAAGCUAAAAGCUAUAGAUAAGUGGAGGUACACUUUAACUGCCUUUAUUUGACUUGUUGAUAUUGAUAUAAUUGCCGGAAUAUGCUUAUUGAUAAAAUAGGUACUAUCAGAGCACUUAGUAUAUGCUUAGGUACUGUACCCUCAGAGUACUAUGAUGCUUGAAUUGCUUGUCAGCAUGCAGACUAGAUAAAGAUGUAUUAAAACCCCUUAGGUAAGGUAAAUCAUUAUUAUAAACCUCAUGACUGCCAGUGAAAGAAAAGAUAUGUUCCCCUUAUAUCUGCACGAUAGACUGUAGAGUUGUAAAUACAUUCAUUCAGUGCUUAUAUGGAAGGGGGUAGCAGUAGUAAAAGCUGCAUAUUUUAUUGAAGUUUCUUUUAUUUUUCAUAUACAUGGUUUUAUAGAUUCUUGUAUGGUACAAAGUGUUGCACUGCUGCAGUGUUUGUAAGGUUGGCAGGCUGAUGAUCAUCCCCAUAUCUGUAUAUAGCAGUCAUACAGUGUUAUUUGUUGUAGUUUUCCAAUGCUGUUAUUAAAUACAGAUACAGUAUAUUUUCUUGUAUUAUAAAAAUCAAGAAUUUUAUGGGAUCGGAUUUGAUGUACAUGUGAUGUGAUGUAAUGUAAAAAGACCAACAAUCGGAUGCUUUGAUUUAGCAUUUUUUUUUUUUUUUUUUAUGAUUGUGAAACCUGCCUUCCCAUAAACAUUUUUUGUGAAAAAUUAAAGCAAAGUCCUUUCUUCUGCA